UAGAAAUACAACGUUCACAUUACAUCCAUCAAAUCCACCAAAGUCCAUAUUCAUGUAUAUAAUUGGUCAGCGUAGCACCUUGCUGGAUGACGUUGCACUGCGUUGUUGUAAAAGUUGAUCCAGAUUCAACUUUUUUGCCAGACGACCCUUUAUGUUGGCACCCCCACUGCAUCAACACACUGCUCUCAUUCAAAUCAAUGACCUAAGGCCUAAGUACUGCCUCACAGAGCCGCUAGCAUGGAUGUAGACUCUCAGUCUUGUUAACCUUUCUUUACCCAGUGUUGGUUCACUGGACUUUUUUCUAGGAACACACUGCUCCUCACUCACGCAUUCACAAGUACAACCACACUGAUCUUUUGGCAGCCGAGCAGCUCCCUUAGAGCUGUGAAGGGAUGUGUGCCUUUGCUCAGUUGUGAAGGUGGCCUUGAGCAAAGUGCUGCUUACGCUGCAGAAGCACUGCAGAAUGUUUGUGCCACUCUGGGGAUUAAACAGGAGCCUUUGCUUGGACUGCUGUUUUUUUUCUUUUUUUGUCUUCUAUUCAUUCAAUGAGCUUAGCAUGCAUUUUUAUCUUCACUGCUUUUUAACUCUUUCCAAAAUACCAUAUUUUCCUUCCUUUGAUUUGCUCCUACUUGCUGUACAGGCUUUUUCCCAUCCCUUCAUAAGACUAGUCCAUCCAAAGCUGAUCAUGUGCAGUUGCUUGCAGAAACAACCUGUUUUCCAUUCUUUAUACACUGUUGAAAACUGUUCUGAAAUGGACUUUUAAAGACUUUUAAAGGUAAAGGUCACUGUAACAAACAUUCAUUAGAGAUGUUGGCUUUCCUCUCUGGUCUUUGCCCAAAUGACCACUUAUGUUAGAGAUUGAUGUGGUUGAAUAUUCACCGGUUACACAAUUGUUUUGGCUGUUGAAUGGUGGCCAAUUUAUUCAAGCAUCAAAGGAAUGAGGCAUUGUGUUUGAAAUGAGCUGCCACUGUGGUUUCACCAUAUGUUGCUCCUCAAUAAUGAUCAUGUGGGAGAAGUCAAGUUGCCUUAGAUAAAAUCAAGCAGCAAGCAGCUUUGGUCAAAACAUCUCAUAACAGCUGCACAGUUUGCAUUGCUGUUUUACUCACAGACCCUCACUUCCUUAGAAAAUCAUGAAAUGCAGUGACUCAACUGUUUGAAUACAUUUGUUUAAAUGGUUUAUUGAGUCACUAAUUUCACCUCGCUGCAUUUAACUCGUACGCUCUGUUCCUGAGAAAAGGCACGACAUCCUCUAACUGCUUCAGGUGAAACAAAAUGUAUUCAACCUCGGUCUGCUCACAUACAGUAGAUGAUGAUGUCAUUGUUGCCGCUUACUCAACCAUUGUCCGCUGUGUUCAGUCAUUUAUUGAGUAGUAUGAGAGUGCUCCACCUCAUUGCUGAUCAUUGUAAUAAUAUGGAAUAAAAACUAAAACUGUAUUUUCAACUCUAACUUUAACUUGAACAUUUUUAAAAUCUAAAAUGAUAGUUUUCGUUUUUCAAACCACUUCUAUUUUGAACCAAGAUUAACAGUGGUUAUCUGUACAUCUAUUAGCACAUGAUAGAUUAACUCAUUUAUAUAUAAUAAGGUCUGUACAGUUUGAAUCAUCUCACUGAUAAAUGAGCUUUCUUGCAGUGAUCAGUGUCACUGUUUUUCAGUGUUUUGUGUGUAAUGACUGUAAGGCUUUGCUUUGUCACUACUUUUCUGCCUUGAAGCUCAGUGUUCACACUCUGAGAAAUGAUUUGUGUAUCUUUUUUAUAAAAUGUAUUACCCAUGUUUGUUUUGUCCUUAAUACUUGUACAGUCAAUGAUGGAGUCACAUUUUCUGCUGUUGUGCUCUCUAAGAGAUUACUUAGUGAACCGUUGAUGAUCCAAUGGGAGUGCUGUUUAAUCUCUGUAAAUGGAUCCAAUGACUGGCAGGCUGGUGUCUUGGUGGGCGGGUGUAGAGCUCCCACUGCUGUAUAUCUGUAGUCUAAUAAUACUGGUUUUCAGUAUUACAACCAGCUCUCUAUACAGUAUGUGUAUCCUUUAGUACUUUCUGUUGGACUAUAGAGUAAACCUGAUGUGUCUGUGUCUCUAUGUGCCAGUGUCCAAUGUGGGCCACAAUGAAUUUGAAUACUUUGAAACAAAUGGAUUACCAUCUGAAAUAAAAUCAGUGUUCAAGCUGAGUUUAUUUCUCCCCUCACAUGAACUGACGACAUAUCAUAUGUGGAAAAAGAAAAUAGUAAAAGCCGGAGACAAAGACCUGGAUGGACAAUUAGACUUUGAGGAGUUUGUUCAUUAUCUCAGAGACCACGAGAAGAAACUGCGGCUGGUCUUCAAGAGUCUGGACAAGAAGAACGAUGGUCGGAUCGACUCACAAGAAAUCAUGCAGUCUCUGCGUGACCUGGGAGUGAACAUCUCUGAGGAACAGGCUGACAAGAUUCUCAAAAGUAUGGACAAAAACGGAACAAUGACAAUUGACUGGAAUGAGUGGCGGGAUUACCACCUCCUACAUCCAGCAGACAACAUUCCUGAGAUCAUCCUCUACUGGAAACACUCCACGAUCUUUGAUGUUGGGGAGAGUUUGAUGGUGCCUGAUGAGUUCACAGCAGAAGAGAAGAAUACAGGCAUGUGGUGGCGACACCUAGUGGCCGGAGGAGGAGCCGGCGCAGUGUCUCGAACCUGCACUGCACCACUGGAUAGGCUCAAAGUACUCAUGCAGGUUCACGCCUCCAAGAGCAACAGCAUGCACAUGGCCGGUGGCUUCGGCCAGAUGAUCAGGGAGGGCGGUGUGAGGUCACUGUGGCGAGGGAACGGCAUCAAUGUUAUCAAAAUCGCCCCCGAGUCUGCUAUCAAGUUCAUGGCCUACGAACAGAUUAAACGAUUAAUUGGAAGUAACCAGGAGACGCUGGGCAUCGCGGAGAGACUGGUGGCAGGCUCUCUGGCUGGAGCCAUCGCUCAGAGCAGCAUCUACCCCAUGGAGGUCCUGAAGACACGGUUAGCCCUGAGGAAGACGGGCCAGUACUCGGGCAUCUUGCAUUGUGCCAAACACAUCUUCCAGAAGGAGGGUGUGGCUGCUUUCUAUAAGGGCUACGUCCCCAACAUGCUGGGAAUCAUCCCCUACGCUGGCAUCGACUUGGCUGUAUAUGAGACUCUGAAGAAUUCCUGGCUGCAGCGCUACGCCACAGACAGCGCUAAUCCAGGAGUGUUCGUGCUCCUGGCUUGCGGGACCACCUCCAGCACGUGUGGACAGCUCGCCAGCUACCCGCUCGCCCUGGUCAGGACUCGAAUGCAGGCGCAAGCUACCCUGGAAGGAGGCCCUCAGAUGAACAUGACAAGCCUGUUCAGACACAUCGUCAGGACCGAAGGGGCCAUGGGACUCUACCGAGGCCUGGCACCCAACUUCAUGAAGGUCAUUCCAUCCGUCAGCAUCAGCUAUGUGGUCUACGAGUACCUCAAGAUCACACUGGGUGUCCAGUCACAGUGAGGAGGGAAGCGGACACAGGAGAUCAAGGGCCAAAGGUUUUUUUUUUUUUUUUUUGCUUUUCUUUGGGGCCGAAGAUUGAAAAGCAGCUGAAACGAAAGACAUUUAUGUCAAAUGAUCAAUUUCCAGGGUUAAAGGAUAAAUAGGAUAUGUGAUCGAAGAGGGAGAGAAUCUGAAAGUAGGAAUGAAGACUUCCUGGAUGGACGAAAACUUGAUUGAAGCUUUUUCUGUUGUUUGCUCUUAUUUAAAGCAUUCUAAAUACCCAGCACUGCUUCAACACCUGUUCACUUUAUCUUAAAAGACAAACGUUUACAUUGAAUUCAUUGAAGUGGUUUACUGGUGUUCCAGUAACACGUACUUGCUUAAUGUGGGCACUGACUGUGCUGCUGGGUGGGUAUCGUCUUUGUCUUGAAGGGCUUUGCUAAGACAAAUCACAAAAGCAUUUCCCAUGUCUCCCUACUGGAAGACCUGCACACUACUUAUCAAAAGUACAGUGACUCUGACCAUAGCUGAUGAGGAUGUAACCCUUUAAGGUAUGUAGCUUUCCACUGUGCAUGUGUCAUAUUAUGUAAAAAUAGAUUCAGCUGCAGCUAGCUUCUAACAGGUCAAGAUCUUUUUUUUUUUUCAUCUACUUUUUAUCGCCACUGUUUAUUCUUACGUCCACUACCUUGCAUGAAGGUUGUGACAGCAUUCUAAAAAAAACAUUGACUUUGUGAAAGCACACACCUCCUGCAGAAUAGAUCAGCCACACACACAAAACAAUCACAAUGCUUUGUGUGUUUGUCAUUUUCAAUAUCUCAAUAUUUCCAUUCAUUCUCCCCAGAGGAUGAAGCUUUCUAUCAUGGACACUGCGGCGCCCCCCUCAGGCCCAAAUAUGAACUUUCCAUAGACAUUUUGUCAAGAAAUUACUUGAACACAUUCAUGCUUCCAAAGGAAGGAAUCCUUUUUAUUUUGAAAUAUUAUCAAGCCGAGGAUCUAGAAAUAGCACAACUGUUAUUAUGUUUUGUUCCGAGCUGCACUUUUGCACUGUGGGGUGCAACGAACGUGGCUGCUAGCGAGGACGCUUUGAAGAGCGGAUGGAAAAAAAGGUAUUCGUUUAUGUUUGGUUGUGCUAAUCCGCAUUGAAUUUGUUCCCCAAGAUUCUCUGUCUGAACACACAGUUAUUGUGCAUUAUUGUGAAUUAUAAAUUUCCCUGUAAACUGAGUGACAGCAAGAGAAACAGCACAACGAGACCAACUCUGACUGAAGCUACUUGGAUAGGUUUGGGGGCUGGUCAUCAUAGUGAGGGAGGAUUAUAAACAGAAGUAGUCUUUAAUACUAAAGAUCAGGAGAACAGCUUCCCCUAUUUUUGGAUGUUACAUAUGAUGUCAUGUGGUUGCUGUGAAGCACUGGAAAACUUUGCACUCCCUACCAAGUAAAAGCUUGAAUUCUUGCCAUAAUUGUAGAAAUUUCCAAUCAGGCAAAGCACCAUUUACAAAUCUGUGUCUGUUCUUCCAUGUGCUCUGUAGGAUUUGUAGUGAUUUUAUUGUUGCCAUAGCAGCAGGCUUAAGCUGCUUUAACUUUGCCUCCAGAGCAACAAUCGGGUCUUUAACAAAUUAAAUAAUCCUGAUUUUUACAGAACACAAGUCAUGAAACUUUAGUUUUAAUAAUGUUAAUCUGAUUACGGCUUCAACUGCAGUAUGCGUCAGAUAGAAUAGAAAAUAUUAUAACGUGAAUAUGGGACUAAUGGAAUUAAAAAUACUUCUUUCAAAUCUCAGAAAAAAAUAGAAAUCAAACAGGAAGAUGCUGUUCUACAUAUUGUCGGGAGGAUUACACUACCGCACAGAGCUCCUCUCUUCAAACAUCACAAUGAUCUGUGGUUUGUUCAGUAAUAACAGGUCAUUGUUGUAAAGUUUAGAGCUGUGAACAGAAGCCGGUUGUGGGAUACAUCUGACUUCACCGGCUUGUACGAUGCAAAUAAACACUCCUUAUAGUCAAAUGGCAUGACAUCCGAGCAGAGGUAACACUCAACACGACUGCUGCCUGUGUCAAAUGAUCAGAUUCCCGUGAGUGCCUUGGGUGCCGAGCCUCUCUGUAAAGCACCUGAACACUGUAAAAGGUGGAGUCUGUGGGACGUUGUUUGCACUUUACUUUACUCUGCUUUACUUCCUGUGUUUUUUUUUAAUUUAUUUAUGACUGUAUUUAUGUAUUUAUUUUUACAAAAAAUUGAUUGAUUGACUGAAUUUGAUCUGUUGGUUGUGCUGAAUGAUUUCAUAUUCAGGUGGCUCUUUGAUAUUUUAGAGUAAACUGAGGCUCGUGGUUUGUUUUGGAGUGAUAGAUGCGACUUUGGUAUGGUUUAAUAUUCAAGAUUCCUCUGAUGACGCCGUCUGAUUUUUUCACAUCAGAGACAGUUCAACAAAAAAAGCUACAAACCCUGCAUUUCAUCUGACUGACACUAUCUGAACAGGAUCUCUCGGGACUGAAUGAGUGCGUGUUCAUUAAAAGGCCAGCUCCCCUGCUGUACAAACCAUUGGACUGUACAAUCAGUGUAUAAUGCAGAAUGUCAGGCUGCUUUUGUCAGCUGCCUUACUUGCUUUUGAAAAACCGCGCUGUGUCUUUGUAACUGGUGGAGAAGAAAAGAUUACAUUUGCUCAAUACUGAUAUAUAUGCAUAAAGCAGUGACACAGAAUGAUGUCACUCUGUGGCUGCGUGUAAAUGUUUUUUUUCCAUAUUUUGUACAGUGAACAGUAGCGUUCUGAUGUCUUAAAAGUCGCCUUUACUGGAUGUUGUACUGACCAACAGGCAGUGGGGCAAAUCGCCAGUGGAACUUUAAAUGUACAGGAACUACUAGACUAUACAAGCUGAAGGCUACAAUGUAUAUUGGUAAAUGGUGGCAUAGUUUACUAAAUGUAUUCAAUAUAUAUAUAUUUCUAAUUUAUUUUACUAUGCUAGCUGUAAGUGACCAAGAUGUAUGAGUAUGUGAGAACUUGUACAGUAGUUGUCAGUGUGUAGAUGCAUCCAAUGAAAGAAUGUUAUGCUGACAAUAAUAUUUAUGCUUGUUUGAGAUCAGCUGUUAAAUAAAUUAGUUCAGCAUUGAA